AUGAAUGCAUAAAAAUUUUAUUAUGGAGAAGACAUUAUUGAAAAAAGCAAAGAAUACUAAUUUGUUGUUUAAACCAAUAAUAGUGUAGGAUCUUAGAGUGAAAAGAGAACGAUUAUUAAAUAGAUAACAAAGAAUUCAACCUAACCCAAUCUAAGAUCUUAAAUGAGUGGUUUAAAAAAUAUUACAGAAUACAAUUCAGAUUAAAAUGGAGUAGAGAAGCUUCAGAAAAGAAGAACCUUUCUUUUAUAAAAAGAAUCCCAAUAACAAGACUCUUCAGGAGGUUUAUAUAGUUCUCAAAUCAAAGUUAUUAAAGUACCUUUUAAAAAAAUACACGCAUCUUGUGAAAAUAUUACAGUAAAAAAUCUUAAGACACAUUCUCAUAUGAAUAGUUUUGAUUAAGAUUAAUAAUUCCUUUAAGCUCUCUUUUCUAAAGAUAAUAAAAAAGAUGAUAGGACAGCAAGAUCCAAAUUGACUAGAUCAUAACUUUUAGUACAUAUAGAGACUUUAAAUUCUGAAGUGUCUUUAGAAAAAGGUUUGAAAUAUACAACUUAAUCAUCUUUUAGAAGAGAAAGCUAAAAGGAAUUAAAAGACAAAAAGUAUAGUUGCUAAAUAUACUAGAUAAGCAGAAUAUAAGCAAUAUAGUUUCAAAUUAGUACUGGCAUUUGAUUAUAUGAUAUAAAUAUAUCGAAAAGAAAAUAAAUUAGAAAAUUUAUUGAACAAUGUUUAAUAAUUUGUAGGUUUCAUGAAUUUAACUUAUAAUUUAACCAAUUUACCAUUAAAUAUCAAUGUAAAAAGUAUCUCUAACUUAGGGAUUAGAAUAAAUGUUUAAAACUCCAAAGUAUUUAUUAAAGACUCUUAAACCUUUUAUACCUUAAAGUUUGGAGAAACUAUUAUUUGAAGAUAUUGAAUGUCAAAAAUUUAGAUCUCUUACAUUUCCAUUUUAAUUAUUUUAUAUACUAUUUAAUUAAUCUGAAUUAGUAGAUUUGGUUACAAAUUCAUGUAUUAAGUUUGUUAUUAAAUAACCAAAAGAGUGUUAGGAGUUGAAUCAUUAAAUUGAGAAGAUACUUUCAAAUUAGAAUUUUCAUUAAUAGGAUUUCUUUUUAAUUCAAUAAUUAUUUGAAAAACAUUAUAAUAUAAUAUAUGAAUCAUUAUUAAGUGAAGCUAAAUCAUAUUAUAAAAUAUAGGUUGAAUAUGAAUUUGUAAAAUAAUUGUAUUGUUUUUGUAUAAAAGUAUAAGAAGCUUUGUCUUAGAAAAUAUUACAUGAAGGAAAGAAGAAAUAGAUAUAUGAUAAAGGAUAUGAUUUCAAAGCUGCUUUAAAAAAUAUUAAAUGCAAAGAUGUAAUAUAUAUAUUAUUUAAUAUAGAUAAAUCAUGAUAAUUUAUUUAUGUAAUUCAUGCCUUAAAAACAUUAGAUUAAUGUAUAAUUGGAUAAUUUUGAAUAGAAAUUCGGUAGAAUUAAUACUAUUUCAAAUAUACAAAGAGAACAUGCUAAAUUGGCUGAUAUGAAACAUAAUUAACUUUAUGAAAAGAUUCUCAGAUUAUAAAAAUAAAUGGAUUGA